AUGUCCGGUGAAACCUUCGCAUUCCAAGCUGAGAUCGCUCAACUUAUGAGCUUGAUCAUCAACACCUUCUACAGCAACAAAGAAAUCUUUCUUCGUGAAUUGAUCUCUAACUCUUCUGAUGCUCUCGAUAAGAUCCGUUACCAGGUAAGGAAAUAAUGAAUGACAUAGUGCAGAACAUAGCUGAAAUUUAAAUUUUUAGGCCCUUACCGAGCCAUCCGAGCUUGACAGUGGAAAGGACUUGUUCAUCAAAAUUACUCCAAACAAGGAGGAGAAGACCUUGACCAUCCAAGAUACCGGAAUCGGUAUGACCAAAGCCGAUUUGGUCAACAACCUUGGAACCAUCGCCAAGUCUGGAACCAAGGCCUUCAUGGAGGCUCUCCAAGCUGGAGCUGAUAUCUCCAUGAUUGGACAAUUCGGAGUCGGUUUCUACUCCGCUUUCCUUGUCGCCGACAAAGUCGUCGUCACAUCGAAGAACAACGAUGAUGAGCUCUACCAAUGGGAGUCAUCCGCUGGAGGUUCUUUCAUCGUCCGGUAAGUUCAACAGAAACGAGUGUUUUAAUUUUUGCAACCAAUUCUUGAAUUUCAGUACCGUUGUCGACCCAGAAGUCACCCGUGGUACCAAGAUCGUCAUGCACAUCAAGGAAGAUCAAGUUGACUUCCUUGAGGAACGUCGCAUCAAGGAAAUCGUCAAGAAACACUCUCAAUUCAUUGGAUACCCAAUCAAACUUGUGGUUGAAAAGGAACGUGAGAAGGAAGUCGAAGACGAGGAAGCCACUGAAGAAAAGACCGAAGAGAAAGAAGGAGAGGUCGAAAAUGUCGGAGAAGACGCUGAUGCCGAAAAGGCCGACAAAAAGAAGACCAAGAAGAUCAAGGAGAAGUAUCUUGAAGAUGAAGAGCUUAACAAGACCAAGCCAAUCUGGACCAGAAACCCAGACGAUAUCUCCAACGAAGAAUACGCCGAGUUCUACAAGGUAAGGCAUCACGAGAAGUGUCCAACCUAAUUUUGAGUUUCUUUCAGAGCUUGUCCAAUGACUGGGAAGAUCAUCUUGCCGUCAAACACUUCUCCGUUGAAGGACAACUCGAAUUCCGUGCUCUUCUCUUCGUUCCACAAAGAGCUCCAUUCGAUCUUUUCGAAAACAAGAAGAGCAAGAACUCCAUCAAAUUGUACGUUCGUCGUGUCUUCAUCAUGGAGAACUGCGAAGAAUUGAUGCCAGAAUACUUGAACUUCGUCAAGGGAGUCGUCGAUUCCGAAGAUCUUCCACUCAACAUUUCCCGUGAAAUGCUUCAACAAUCCAAGAUCCUCAAGGUUAUCCGCAAGAACCUCGUCAAGAAGUGCAUGGAACUCUUCGAAGAAAUCUCCGAAGACAAGGACAACUUCAAGAAAUUCUACGAGCACUUCGGAAAGAACCUCAAGCUCGGUAUCCACGAAGAUUCCACCAACAGAAAGAAGCUUUCGGAAUUCCUCCGUUACUCAACAUCUGCAUCCGAGGAGGCUACUUCUCUCAAGGACUACGUCAGCCGCAUGAAGGAAAACCAAACUCAAAUCUACUACAUCACCGGAGAAUCCAAGGAAGUCGUUGCUGCUUCAGCCUUCGUUGAACGUGUCAAGAGCCGUGGAUUCGAAGUUUUGUACAUGUGCGACCCAAUUGACGAGUACUGCGUCCAACAACUCAAGGAGUACGACGGAAAGAAAUUGGUUUCAGUCACCAAGGAAGGACUCGAACUCCCAGAAAGCGAGGAAGAGAAGAAGAAAUUCGAGGAAGACAAGGUCAACUACGAAAACCUCUGCAAGGUUAUCAAGGAUAUCUUGGAGAAGAAAAUCGAAAAAGUUGCCGUUUCCAACCGUCUCGUUUCUUCACCAUGCUGUAUCGUCACAUCUGAAUACGGAUGGUCCGCCAACAUGGAACGUAUCAUGAAAGCUCAAGCUCUUCGUGAUUCAUCCACUAUGGGAUACAUGGCUGCCAAGAAGCACCUCGAAAUCAACCCAGACCACGCCAUCAUGAAGUGAGUUUUUAGUAAUUGAAAAAAAAAUCCUAAACAAUUUAUUUUUCCAGGACUCUUCGUGAACGUGUCGAGGCUGACAAGAACGACAAGACCGUAAAGGACUUGGUUGUUCUUCUCUUCGAGACCGCCCUUCUCUCAUCCGGAUUCUCACUCGAGGAACCACAAUCCCACGCUUCCCGCAUCUACAGAAUGAUCAAGCUUGGUCUUGACAUCGGAGAUGAUGAUAUCGAGGAGCCAGCCGCUGCCACAUCCAGCAUUGCUGCCGCCAAGAUCGAAGGAGCUGAAGAAGAUGCAUCACGCAUGGAGGAGGUCGAUUAA